AGCGUUGCAGCAACACUCGUCAGUUCCUUUCCGGAGCCGAUCACGUUCAGUACGCGUUCGCUCCUCGUCGCGUUCACCACCGCUACACUACUCGUAACGAAGCCGCGGUGAUAACAUAUCCAUUUAUUAUCCCCUCGGACGACGCAUCGGAACAAAUUUACGAUCAAUAUCACACGUGUCCACCCCGCGCCGUUCUAUCAGUUAUCCGAUUGCGUAUAAUUAUUAUUUUAAAAUUAUCGCACGCGACACGACGUUUGUCCGUCGCACUUUGUGUUCAUAUAAUAUAAGAGAUCGUCGCGCGCGCAAAAAAUCCCGCUAAAUGGGUGUACUGGGCAACGCCGACAACCGCAGCAACAACGUCGUCGUCAGCAGGUCCGUCGCUGUAGCUCCCGAACCUCCGUGCCAGUGUACCGUAGACCAUUUCUUGGCGCCGCUCAAGUUCAAAAUGAAAGGUCUCAAGAAAAUCCGCAAGAAAAUCGGCCUAGCACCGAAAUCUGGCACCGGCGCUGUCAAUCUUAACCUACCGCCGUUGAGGUUUCAUAACGUACAUGGCGAAAAUAUCCGGCUGUACAAAGACGGGUUUGUCGCCAGACGGGUAGACAGCUUUUGCAAGGGAGUUGCGUUCAGCAGUCGGCCGGUUGCCAUCAAUGAAAAGGUGUACAUCAAGUUCCUGGAGAUAUCCGACAAUUGGAGCGGCGUACUCCGGUUCGGGUUUACCAGCGAAGACCCGUCGAACGUCAAAAAAGUUCCGAAGUACGCUUGUCCCGAUCUGACCAGCAAAUCGGGAUUUUGGGCGAAAGCGCUUAGUGAACGGCACGCAGUUCAGGAUGGUUUGCUAUUUUUCUAUGUUGACGCUGGUGGCGACGUCCAUUAUGGCCUCAAUGGCGAGUCUAAAGGCGUGUUCAUGCAGGGUAUUGAUACCAGGUCACCGCUGUGGGUGUUGUUGGACAUUUACGGAAAUUCGACCAUCGUCGAGUUUUUCGACUGCCGUCCACAGCUGAAUAACAACAGGGCUUCCAGAAGCGAUGAAUUGGAAAUCUCUUCUCAGCUGUCCUCCGUAACCAUAUCUGGCUCUUCGGCGGUGGUUCCGUCUCCUCCACGCUGUCAAGCAGUAGACAACGUAGAACCGUUAGGACUAGUGCGUAAGGGCCGUCACGUGAUGAUCAGUAUGAAAGACGGUGUGCCGUGCGUGGGCACCAGGCUGUCGACAGCCUUUUUCCAAGGGUACACGUUCACGAAACGGCCGCUGCAAAUCGGCGAGAAAUACCUAGUACAGAUCACAAAGACCAGUCAGCUGUACGUGGGCAGCCUUUCGUUCGGCGUAACGUGUUGCGACCCGAGCAGCAUCGGCAUCGGUGAACUGCCCGACGAUCCCAACCAGCUGGUCGACCGGCGCGAGUACUGGGUCAUGAGCAGGAACGUCGCGGAAGAGACCAAGCCCGGCGACGUGCUGAUAUUCUCCAUCAACAACAACGGCGAAGUGUUGUGCAGCAAAAACGGAAACCCAGAAAUCGUGCUGAUGUGCGUGGACCACUCGCAAACGCUGUGGGGGGUGUUCGACAUUUACGGCACGACCACGCAGAUCGUCGUGUCGAAAAUGCAAGCCCCCCGGCCGUCCGUGGGCUGCACCCCGAACGCCAUCGUGCAUUCUUCACCACAACCGUCGACCUCCUACGAGACGGUGUCGUCGGCCGCUCAGCCGACUGUAUGCUACGCGCCGCAGCAACCAAUGGUUCGGUCAAACAUCCUGGAAGUGAACACGGACGCCAAUGGCGGUACCGUGCUCAUCGUAAACCUACCCGCUGCUCAGACCAACCAGAUGUGUCAUCCGUCACCGGCCCUGUCGCAGGCGUCUUCCGGCAUGCAGCACAAUCAGCAAAUGUCCGCUAGACCGCCGUCCGUCACCAUCCAACAGAUACAGCCAAGAGUCGCUCCUGUCCAACAACCGCAUCUUCCGGAGCAAUUGCCUUCCGGCGAAGGAGAAUGUUCGAUUUGUUUCGAAAGAGCAGUUGACUGCGCUUUGUACACAUGCGGGCAUCUGUGCAUGUGCUACGAAUGCGCUAAGAAACAAUGGGUACGUUUGGGCCGUUGUCCGAUUUGCCGUGCUGUUAUUAAAGACGUUAUCAAGAUUUACAAAUAAAUAUUGUCUUCCUUGGUCUUUCUGUUAUUCUUUUUGGGCAUUGUUUGUUAACUUUUUUAAUUAUUAUUGUAAAUAACUAUUGCCAAAUAA